UAGAAAUAUUUUCAUGGUUAAUGAGUAAUAAAAAUAUUUGAACUAAUAAUGAUUAAUCCUAAAGCAGCAUUUACAAUGAGUCUCCAGGCAGAGUUGUAUUUUCGAAGUAAUAUACUUUAUACAAAUUAAAUGACAAAUUGUAUUCUUUAUUAUAGAUUUGUUUGGGUAACUGUCAGUAUUAAAUCUAGUAUGGUAAAAAUAUUUCAACUAAUUUCUUAUCAAAAAAUUAAAACUUAAAAUCAGAUAAAAAUAAGAUAGAACAUUCUACAUUCCGAUUGGGUUAAAAAACGCGAGAUCAAUAUUUUUAUUUUUAGGCAAUAUUUUUAAUUUUACAAAUUUAGAAUGUAUAUACCACAAAUAAAACUGUUUUAUAUAAAUUUUUUAGUUGAAAAAGUCUGAAACAGACUCUGAAGAGGCCAGUUACAAGACAUCAUCGGUGAGUUGGAUUCCACCUAGUAUUGAAAGCAGCGACAGUUUUACUACGGAAAGUACAGAAAGUAAAUCGAAACAAUUUUAUCCAAAUAAAAUUAUCAGUAAUUGUGAAUUAUUAUUGGAAUCUCCAAAUUUAAAAAAGACAGUUAGUAGUGCGAACGAUAAGCAAAAAAGUAAUGAAAGCGGUGAAGUAGAAACAGAAAAUGUUUUUACAUUUAAAGAAAAUUACAUAGAAAACCAUCCUGAAAUAGAAACAGAAAAUAGGUCUAAACCUGAAGAAAAUAUCAAUACUGAAGUAGGAAUAGAAAAAAGCUCUAUUCCUAAAGAAAAUUACAUAGAAAAUAACAAUGCUGAGGUAGAAACAGUUUCUAAAAACAAUAAAAGAAGAGAAAUGAAGGAUAAGGAAAAUCCUAACCAAGAUCAAAAUAAAAUAAUAAAUAAAAAUGUAUCUACAAUUAGAAAAUAUGUUCCGAUUGAUGUAAUGAAUUCUGGUCAUAAAAUAGAAGUAAGUCACCGAGAAGCACGUAUUUGGGAUAAAAGAGAUCGUUGUCCAUAUUGCAAUUUAGAUGUGACAAACUUCUCCAGGCAUUUAUUUCGGAAGCACCCUCAAGAAGAAAGUGUAGCUAAAAUAGAAGAAAUUUCUAAAGGCAAUCCAAGAAGAAAACAGAUGAUCGAAUUAUUAAGAAAACAAGGGAAUUUUUCUCUAUACUCUGAAAAUAUAAUACGGCCCGUUCAAAGAUUAUCUUCAACAAAUUUUAAAGAUGAUUUGACAUUUUUGCCCUGCACAUAUUGCAAGGGAUUAUAUAGAAAAACCUCCCUUUCGAGACAUGCUAAAAUUUGUGUUUUUAAUAAUAAAAAUAAAAGCACUGUCAGGCGAUACCCAAGUGAAGCUCAGACCCUGCUUGCAUUUACAGAAUCAAGAAAACCAUUUUUAGAUCAACUACGUUUGAAAAACGAAGUAUUUCAAACAAUGCAUGCGGAUCGAAUUUCUUUAAUUAGUAAAGGUGAUCCCAUAAUAUGCCAAUAUGGAGAUGAUUAUUUAAAAAAACAUAAACGGCCUCAUAUUAAAAAUUUAGUUAGCAACAAGAUGAGAGAAAUGGGAAGGCUGUUAAUACAUUUAAAGGAUGUGUAUAAUAUACAGUCAAUUUUGGAGACAUUAAAACCGCAACAUUUUGACAAAGUGGUUUCAGCAGCUAGAAUUACAGCAGGUUAUUGCGAAUUAACAAAACAAUUUAGGGCACCUUCUUUAGCUUCUCAUUAUCAUACAAACUUAUUAGCUAUUUGUUCAACGGCAACCACAUUGCUACUAAAACAAAAUCCAAUCCUUCCAGUAAAAAACUACAGUGAAACAUUAAAAGAUGUUGAUAAUUUUCGUACUUUAGUCAAAUCGAACUGGAAGUUUGAAAUGGGGAGUUUAGCCAUUAAGGAUUUAACCGAAAAACAUGCCCUUACACCACAAAUAUUACCCGUAACCGAAGAUGUCGUAUUAUUUAAUAAUCACUGUUACAAAAUAGCUGACGAAUCUGCAAAUCAUCUUCAAAAUAAUUUGGAGAACAUUGACGCGUUUAAAACUCUCUCAGAAACUAUUUUAGCUCUGACUAUAUCGUUAAAUCGAAAAAGGGUAGGAGACGUGCAGUAUAUAAAACUGGAAUCAUAUCAAAGUACAACACAAAAGACAGUGGAUUGCCUUGGAGUUUUAACAGAAUGCGAAAAAGCACUAACAAGUCAUUUCAAACGAAUCAUAACUAUAGGAAAAGGAAGUAAACCUGUUCCAAUACUUUUCCCGAAGAAAAUACAAGGUUAUAUUGAGGUGAUGUUAAAAUGCAGAAAUAGCACAACUUUUAUUCCAAAGGAAAAUCCAUUUUUGUUUGCUUUGGUGGGCAGUAUAUCAAGAUGGAUAGAUGCUUCUAGAGUCUUAAAAAAAUAUGCAAUUUCUUCCGGAGCAAAAAAUCCUGAAACAAUUACGUCCUCCCGCUUAAGAAAGCAAAUAGCUACUUUUCUGCAAAUUUUAAGCCUUAGUGAGGCAGAAAUGGAACAAAUGGCUACGUUCAUGGGCCACACCAAGAAAACUCACGAAGAAUUUUACAGAUUACCGCAGGAACUUUAUCAAACAUCAAAAAUUGCCAAGUUAUUACUCACUAUGAUGAAUAAAGGAAUAAGUAAACAAGAUCAAGGAAAAACCAUCAAUGAGCUAGAUAUUGCAUUAAACACGUGGGAGACAAAUGAAGCUGAAGUAACUCAGUCAGGUGCGGUUAUGAGUCCAGAAACAGAGGGAAAUGAUCCUGUAUCUAGUAACACCAAAAAUGAUGAGACAGAAGUUUCCUUAAAUAUGGAUUUACAUCUGCCAGAAAAAACCAAAUAUGUAGGCAAGGAAAAAAGAACCAGAGGGACGUGGACGUCUAAACAAAAACAGAUUUUGUUGAAAUAUUUUAAAAAUCAAAUCAACAAUAAAGUCACUCCCAGAAAGAGUGACUGUUUGAAAUUUAAAGAAAAAAAUUUGGAAGUAUUUGAAGAAAAGACUUGGUUACAAAUUAAAGUAUUUGUAUACAACAGCUUUAAAAACACGAAAUAA